AACUGGUUGGGGAAAUUAGAUUACAAGAGCAGUAGCAGAAGAUGAAAAUAGAAAAAGUGUUGUCAUCUUCCAUUGCCCUCAAGUAUCUUUACCGUUUAUAAGGAUGGUUGGUUGUAUUGCAGGAGUAGUUCUCAGAGGUAAAAAAAUAAGCUUAUUAGGAAUAAGUUGCAAAAGAAAUUAGGGCUGCAAUCCUAUCCAGAUCUGCAUGGGUGUAAAUCCUGCUGAAUCCAAUGGGACUUACUUCUAAGUAGACACUUAUAAACUUGCACUGAACAUACUUGUAUUAAAUUGUGUCUCUGCAAUCCUGAACAUAUUUACUUGUGUAAGCACAGUGAGACAUGUUUCUGAAUAAACAUGCAUAGGAUUGUGCGUGUGUUAGCAUGAUAACAGGCUAUCAAAUUGGACAGGACUUUUCUUCAAAGAGCAGACUUCUCUGCGACCUGAACAUUUGCUAUCCUGACACUACAGCUGGUCCAGAGAUAGAUAUAAUCUGCAUCUUGUGUUAAUCUGAACCUUGUGCUAUCUAAAAUUCUUUCCUAUACCGUUAGGGUCAAUUUUUUGUAAUAGUUAAAGUGAAAAUUCCCCAAAUGACAUGUUAUUUGAAAGAACACCCCAGAAGUUCUUUCAUAAAUAAAAGUUGCAGAUUGACAACAUAUUAAAUCUAUAAACUCUAGAAGAUGGUCAAAUUCAUUCAGUGUGUAUAUCUUCUGUCUCAUUCAUUCUCCAGGCAUCCACAUUUUAAAGCAGGGAUGGGGAAGCUGUACUCCCUCAGCUGUUGUCAGGCUCCAGCUCCCAUCAGCCCCAGACAGCAUGCCCAAUAAUUAGAGAGAUGAAAGUUGAAGUUCAGCAAUAUUUGCCUGGCACCAGGCUUUCCACUCCUGUGCUCAAAAUGAAAUAUGACGGCAAGACCUGCUCCCAUAAGUAUGUUCCCCGUGCAAUCCUGGUGGACCUGGAGCCCGGAACUAUGGACAGCGUGAGGUCCAGCAAAAUAGGUCCACUCUUUCGACCUGAUAACUUUAUUCAUGGAAAUUCAGGUGCUGGCAACAACUGGGCAAAAGGGCAUUACACCGAAGGGGCCGAACUGAUUGAAAACGUGAUGGACGUCGUGAGAAACGAGUGUGAGGGAUGCGACUGCCUGCAGGGCUUCCAGCUCACCCAUUCCCUUGGUGGUGGGACGGGGUCCGGAAUGGGCACUCUUCUGAUCAACAAAAUCAAGGAGGAAUACCCUGACCGGAUCAUGAACACCUUCAGCGUAGUGCCAUCGCCAAAAGUUUCGGACACCGUUGUUGAGCCAUACAAUGCCAUCCUAUCAAUCCACCAGCUGAUAGAGAACACGGACGAAACCUUCUGCAUUGAUAAUGAAGCUUUAUAUGACAUAUGCUUUAGAACACUGAAGCUACCCACUCCAACCUAUGGGGACCUCAACCACCUGAUGUCCCUCACCAUGAGUGGCGUCACCACCUCACUCCGCUUUCCUGGCCAGCUCAAUGCAGACUUGAGGAAGUUGGCAGUCAACAUGGUGCCUUUCCCUCGACUACAUUUCUUCAUGCCGGGCUUUGCCCCACUGACAGCCCGAGGCAGCCAGCAAUAUAGAGCUCUCUCAGUCCCAGAGCUCACGCAACAGAUGUUUGAUGCAAGGAACAUGAUGGCAGCCUGCGACCCACGUCAUGGGCGCUAUUUAACUGUGGCGUGCAUCUUCAGAGGUCAGAUGUCUACCAGAGAGGUGGAUGAACAGCUGUUGUCUGUGCAGACCAAGAACAGUAGCCAUUUUGUAGAGUGGAUCCCCAACAAUGUCAAAGUGGCUGUAUGCGACAUUCCACCUCGUGGGCUAAAGAUGGCUGCCACCUUCAUAGGGAACAACACAGCCAUACAACAGAUCUUCAGUAGGAUCUCUGAGCAGUUCUCAGCAAUGUUCAGGAGGAAAGCAUUUCUACACUGGUAUACUGGGGAAGGAAUGGAUGAGAUGGAAUUUUCUGAAGCUGAAAGCAACACAAAUGACUUGGUGUCUGAAUACCAGCAGUAUCAAGAUGCCACGGCGGAUGUAGAAGAAUAUGAGGAGGUGGAAGUUAGCCAAGAAGAAGAAAAGGAAGCCCUUAAACAUAAUAGUGAUGACUGAACUUUGCCCCCAGAGCAUACCUGUUAUUACCAUCUAUAUGGCGCCUGGACUCACCAAUGUUUCCAAGGGAACUUUUAUGAUACUGAAUGCAGGAACGACCAUUUUUUGUGCAUUAAACCAAAGUAUAUGUAACCACAUUGUUGCCUCCAAAAACUUGUAUACCUGAACAAAUCCCCCUACUUCUUCUGAAUUAGUGCCUCUAACUCCAAAUAAGAGAUUUUAAAACAGGAAAAAAUAAGUAUACCAGUCCAGCAUGCUGCUUGAGAGGACAUAUCCAAGCACUUCAGGUGAUGGACUAGAUUACAAAGGAUAGCAUAACAGCUGAGAGCAGCAAAGUAGUUAAAAAGACAGACAAAAAGCUUCAGUUCCGCCCUGGUCAAACGCAACAAUUGACUGUCCAGGAUGAAGUUGCACAUCUCUACCUAAACCAAGAGACACGCCUAGUUAGUUCUGUGGAGGAUUGAACAGUGUGUUCAGCAUGUACAUCUCCUUGUGGGAUCAGGGUGACAGUGCCUAGGCAAGAGUAUUUACUGCCUUUCUUGACUAAACCAACUCUUGUGUACAUUUGUCAGAUGAGUUUGUUAAUCUCCAAAGAAGGAAUUCAAAUCUACAUAGCUGUUCCCACUGUGCUUCAAUCUUUUGGUCAGUGUGCUUUCUUCCUCGACAUUUUUCUAUAACAGUGAACUUCAGCAUAACAUCAUUCCUAAAGAUUUGAUAUUUGGAGUUUUGUGAUGAGCAGCCAAUAGUAUCCUAAGCAUAACUGCAGAAUGCCAUUUGAAUAAUAAACCAAAAAUGGCAGCUCCUUAGCCAACUGUUUAGUUGGCUUGCAUUUUAUAUAGUCUUACAGUUCCAUUCACUGGAUAGAUGUUUUUUAAUCCCCGAGAGUCAGUCGUCCACCUAUAAUGUGUGGAAGUAUAGGAAUUGCAUUGGUUGGAUUAAACCAAAAAGGUCCACUUAGUAAUUCUUUUCCCCUGUUGUUAACUAAACUUAUUUAUAUUUAUUUAUAAAGCAUUUCUAUAGUGGCUUUGGGCUCAAAAAAGAGCCUCAUAGGCUGUUUACCGCAAUAAAAUAGCAAUAUAAUUAAUAAGAACAUUCAGAGGAAAAAUAUUCAACAAAAUGUUAGAUCAAUGAAAACACAUUAAAAUGUAGCAGAACAAAAAUGUUUUAACAACUUAUAAAGGGCGACAGAGAAAGGGCAAGUCUAAUCUCUCUUAGGAGAAAAAUUCAGACUUGGGGUGGUGCCACUGAAGACUCUGCUCUAUGGCCUCACCACUCUCACCUGCCUUGGUGUGGGAUGCAGAGAUGAGCCUCAGAUGAUGACUAAAAUUGAUGCGCAGGUUCAAGUGAGAAGGGUCUGUCCUCAAAAUUUCCUGAUUCCCAACCAUGAACUGGGCUGAACUGGAACCAGUGCAAUUUUAACAAUACUGAGGUAACAUGGUCAGAAAAACAAAUCAUUUUUGCCACAGCAUUUUGCACCAGCUGUGGUUUCUAAAACUUUUUCAAAGACAGCCCUACAGAGUGCAUUGCAGUAAUCGGGAUGUGACUAAGGCAUGUGUAACUGUGGCCAGAUUUGCUUUUUCCAGGACAGGGGACAUGUUGGGUAAAGGUAUUCUGAGCCUAGCAGCCACUUGUUCAUCCAGAAGCAUCCCUAAUCUGCAAACUGGUCCCUCGGAGGAAGUGCAGCUUCCUUCAGAACAGGUUGUAUCCAGGCUUAGAUCAGCAUUUCUACCGCUGACCAUCAAUACUUUUGGCUUGUUUGAAGUGCCAGCUUGUUAGCCCAUGUCUAAUCCAUCACCGUGUAGAUACAAGUCCAGGAUAUCUACAGCCAGCACCAGCUGAAAAGGAUACUGAUGGCACUCAAACACAAAACACCAGGUGACAACUCAGCAGUUUUCAUUAGGUGUUAAACAGCACAAGGGACAGGAUGGAACCCUUAGGACCCCAAAGGAUGAUGGUUGGAAAGUUUGCUGCUUGGUGUGAAAUCAGUCCUACUCUCAUCUGGCACUCAAGAUUUUUUUUUUAGCUGUCGGUGAAAUGGAAUCUUUAUGUUCAGAAGCAAUAGAUAGAUGCAGCUCUUGUUAAUUUAUCCUCUUCUUUUAGAAGCCAUCCAAGCUAUUUACUAUUGUCACAUUUUGACCAGUGAAUUUCACAUGUUGAUUAUGUAUUUAUGUGAAGAAAUACUUCUUUUGGUCUAUCAUGACCCCUGCCACUAACCACCUUCAUUGGGUGAUCCCCUUAUAUUAAUGCAGAAAUAAGAUGGCUUCAUUCCACCACUGAAAUCAAGGAAUGAAUUAUUUCAUAAGAACAUAAGAAGAACCUGCUGGAUCAGGCCAGUGGCCCAUCUAGUCCAGCAUCCUGUUCUCACAGUGGCCAACCAGGUGCCUGGGGGAAGUCCGCAAGCAGAACCCGAGUGCAAGAACACUCUCCCCUCUUGAGGCUUCCAGCAACUGGUUUUCAGAAGCAAGCUGCCUCUGACUAGGGUGGCAGAGCACAGCCAUCACAGCUAGUAGCCAUUGAUAGCCCUGUCCUCCAUGAAUUUGUCUAAUCUUCUUUUAAAGCCAUCCAAGCUGGUGGCCAUUACUGCAUCUUGUGGGAGCAAAUUCCAUAGUUUAACUAUGCACUGAGUAAAGAAGUACUUCCUUUUGUCUGUCCUGAAUCUUCCAACAUUCAGCUUCUUUGAAUGUCCACGAGUUCUAGUAUUAUGAGAGAGGGAGAAGAACUUUUCUCUAUCCACUUUCUCAAUGCCAUGCAUAAUUUUAUACACUUCUAUCAUGUCUCCUCUGACCCGCCUUGUCUCUAAACUAAAAAGCCCCAAAUGCUGCAACCUUUCCUCGUAAGGGAGUCGCUCCAUCCCCUUGAUCAUUCUGGUUGCCCUCUUCUGAACCUUUUCCAACUCUAUAAUAUCCUUUUUGAGAUGAGGUGACCAGAACUGUACACAGUAUUCCAAAUGCGGCCGCACCAUACAUUUAUACAACGGCAUUAUGAUAUGGGCUGUUUUAUUUUCAAUACCUUUCCUAAUUAUUGCUAGCAUGGAAUUUGCCUUUUUCACAGCUGCCGCACACUGGGUCGACAUUUUCAUCGUGCUGUCCACUACAACCCCGAGGUCUCUCUCCUGGUCGGUCACCGCCAGUUCAGACCCCAUGAGCGUAUAUGUGAAAUUAAGAUUU